ACACAUGUUGAGGGAUGCCGGGGCGAGCGAGGGCGACAUGUCAUGCUUAAAAGGCGGGGACGGGGACAGCAAGUGGUCUGUGCGCUACACUACCCAGAAGCCCCAGCAGGGUCUGCUCUUCAUCCCCGGGAAAAGACGGUCCGGCAGCGCAGAUGAUCUGCAAGGUCAGAGGUCAACGGGGAGGAACGGUGUGUCUAACGGGCUGACUCAGCAUGGUUACAGUCGACCCGGCAGCUCGCAGCCCCGCCCACCGAGUCCAUCCUCCUCUGGGCUCGACCAAUCAGAGGGCAGAACUACACGCAGGCGGUGGAAGGACAAAAGCAGGCGGAUGUCCUCAGCUUUCUCAGAUGAAGACGAGAAGUUUAUCUUGAACAACACGCGACCCCUGACCCCACUGGUCCUCAACCCGGUCCACCGCACCUCCUGUUGGGAUGUCUUUGCCCCCACCUACGAGCCAGCGGUCGAGGAUGAGAUGGAGCCGCCCCCCCGGCUUCCAACACCGGAGGAGAGGAUGAGGCAGCAGGCCGAGGCAGUCGCAGCUGACAUAGUCCCUAUCAAUAUAACAGGACAGAGUUUUGAUCGUCAGGCCAGUUUUCGAAGAGUGGCUUCCAACGCUGACUCGUUAUCCCGGCGCCCCCGGAACCUGAGCCGCUGCAAGAGAGUUACUGGGAUGUCCGAUGAUGUCAACCGGAAGCUUGACUCGCCUUUGGUCUCUUUGGUUCUUCCUGUUCAGUUCUCCGCCGUGAGUCCACCUGCCCACCAACAGAACAGUACAGGGCAGGAGGUGAAAGAAAAGGAGAGGGGAGAAGUCAGACAGGAGGGGCAGUCAUCAGUGAGGAGGAUCCGAGCUCCAAGAGGUGAGGGGAUGUCCAGCCUCAUGGCCUCCCUUACCUCCUCUCCUCCUGUCAAACCCUGUCACGACCACGCCAUCUCCUGCUGCUCAUCCCCCUCGGAGAUCCACAGCCUCCCACGUCCGGGAACCAACUCGUCUCUGAACUCCGAGGCCAGCUGUAACAGCGCCUCCUACAGGACGCUCAGUGCCUCCUCAUCUUGCUGCCAGGAUCUACAGGGUUUCCCCAGUGACCUCCAGCCCCUGCUGCCCUUUGACCCCACUGCCAGAGUCAUCCCCCUGUCACCUUCCUCCUCAUCCUCUUCCUUUCCUUCCUCCCCGGUCUCCUCCUCCCUCCCUCGCACCCCAAGCCGUGCUCUAAAAUCAGAGUGGUCUUACCCCGGCGAUAAGUCCCUGAAUGAGGCUGCCCAACAUCCCAGUUCCCGUUCCUCCUCCCAAUACCUAUCCUCUUCUUCCAUCGCAGACUCAGAGUCUCAGUUUAGUUACCAGGAUACCCAAUGCUCCUUCGAUGAGGAGGCAUGGAGCUACCGGCCCCUCUCCCGCAGCUCCAGUGUCCACAGCGGCAUCACCCAGGAGAUGAGGUGUCUUUCUGGGGAAGGUUGGAGCUGUGAUCCCCUGCUCUCCUCCGCUCGCUCUUCGCCCUCUCACACUGACAGCACCUCUCUGUGUUCAGAGAAAAUGACCUCCUCUCCCAGGCCAAUGCAGGAGAAAAGGAAGUCCAGCACUUCCUCCUCCUACUCGUCUUCCAUCACCCGCUGCAUCUCCCUCCGCAAGUCCAAGCGGCCGCCUCCUCCGCCAUUGCGCUCUGACUCCCUGAGGCGCCGUCCGGGUCGUAGCAAACCCUCCCGCUCCUCGUCCAGUCCCCGUGUGGAGCGUAAGCCCACCUCCUCUCCACAGGCCUUCGAUGACCCCUGGGUGCCCCGGAGCAACCUCAGAAGACGCCAGAGUGGGCUUAACUGUGGGACAGUCACAACCUUUGAACCCUUAAGCCCGGACUGCCAGGCGGAAAUCUCCUUUGACUAUCCUCCGUCCGAGCACGUGCCGCCAAGUCCCAGCCCCUCCCACGCCGUCGCCCCUGGGUCUCCAGGCUCAGAGGAGGAGGGGCUAAGAUUUACCCUAAACCCCCUUCCAGCUGGCUCUUCCGCGGCCGGGCUGCAGCGGCUCGCUUCGCCCUCUAGUGGCUACUCCAGCCAGUCUAACACCCCCACUCCAGGCACACCCGUGUCCUCGCCCCUCACCCCCUCCUCUCCUCUCGCAGCAAGCCCCGAAGCCUUCCCUCUCCCCGCGACCUCCCCCUUCUCCUCUUUACGCUCCUCUUCUUUCCCUCUGUCCCCUUCUGUCUCCUGCCUGCCCGGGACGACGUCUCGGGGCGAAGGGAGGCCAAAGCCGCCGGUGCCAGAGAGGAAGUCAUCACUCUUUUCCUCCCUCUCCUCCUCAUUUUCCUCCACCUCCUCCCUCUCCUCCUGCACCUCCUCAGAAUCCUCUGCCAGGCAUCCACUUCUCCCUCCUCCUCCUCCUCUACCAGGAUCUUCCUCUCCUCUGUCUCCUGUCUUCUACUCCCCCAUUCACUCCUCCCCUCCUCCCGCUCCUCCCCUUCCUCAGUCCUGCCCCCCUGCUCCUGUAACCAAACUCUCUGCUGCUCCUUCUCCACCUCCUCCUCCUCUACCACCUUCAUCCCUCCCCAUUCCUCCUCCUCUCCCGCCUUCAUCCCUCCCUCCUCCACCUCCUCUUCCUCCUUUCUGUCGGCCUCCUCCUCCCCCCUACUCCCACGCCGUCAGGCAGACCUCCUUUGUGUCCACCAUAACCUCGUCAACCAACUUCCCUCCUCCCCCAACCUCCCCACCACCUCCUCCAAUUCCUCCCUCUUCAGAAAUCCCAGAAUUCCCAUUCGCUGACCUCCCUCCUCCCCCCCCACCACCACCUCUGCCUUCUCUCCCCGUAUCCUCUGCCACCUCCUCCACCCCCCCAGGCCAUGGCAAGUCUCCAAAUUGCUAUUUAAAAGUGGCCACGCCCCCCGGCCUCCUGGUCACUGCCCAAGCUUUGCAGGGCGUCAAGCUUCGAUCUGUCAAGAACCAGGAAGACCCGCUCCCUGACACCAUGCUAGCCAAUGCUGCAUCUGCUAAUGCUAACCAUGCUAAUACCAUCUAUGCUCUACCGAGCAAAGAAGCUUAUGCAUACAAUGCUGCGUUGGCUAAUGCUAAUCUUGAUUGCCCGACUAGCGCUGAUGUUAAAGCAGUUAGGAAUGGAUUACAAAAUGAUCCAGGUAGCAAUGAGGCUAACACAACUAGCGCAUUAAUGGGUAAUUCUAGCCUUUAUAGCCCAGCCAACGCUGAUGGACCUGCAUGCAAGUCAGAUUAUGAUUACUAUAACCUAACAAAAAGUGAGGUGACGGCACCCGACGCUAAGUCAUCUUAUGCUAAUCUUCAGAGCCAGCGAGGCGUCGUUGCUGGUCCAGCUAACCAGAACAGCUCUGGGCCUAAGCUGACCGAUGGCGAAACUCCUCUAGACAUCCAGUACAAUGAACGAGAGAAGGAAGGUACUAAGAUGUAUGCCACACUGGCAAACAAUGAAGACUCCAGUCCUGACAAUCCCUGGGUCAAAAUGUCUUAUGAUUCUGACAAAAACCACAUCAACACAGUCAUCCAACAACAGAUCACCGACAGUAAGCUGACUGAGCCUGCAGAGCAACAGGAUGUUAGGCACACUGAUUCUGCAUACUGGACGCUCUCCGGAACAAAACGAGAGCCUCGAAGAAAGAACGGAACAAUACUGUCGGAGAGCAAAGAUGAAGUAGAGACAAAUGACGAGAGUAAUUCGGAAAUAUGGAAUCACGGUGCAGCUGAUGGAGAAUCAGCAGCACACAGUAACAGCGUCUGUAAGACAGGCAGCCCGAGGAAGCUCGGCUCCCCAGAGAAGCCGAUUCCCCCAAAGAAGCCUGAUCUUUGCAUUCUGGGUAGCUGGAAGAGCAGUGGACAAAUCACGGCGCCUGCCCUUGGGCUCAACGGCCAAUCUGAAUUUCCGUCCGAUUCCUUCUGCACACCUUUGCACACAACUCUGAGCCACUGUGCGCCUUCACCAAAGCUCUUGAAGUCAGUGAGCGAAACAACUCCACCUGCGCGCUCAGUGAAUGCUGCUGCUUCUUCGCCUGUAAACACAACGCCCGCCGACGUCGCCCCACUCUCGCCCGCCGACGUCGCCUCGCUCUCGCCCGCCAGCUCGCCUCACAGGCAGAAGCCACAGAUUUUGCACAAGAAGCCAGAUGUCUCAAUGACGUCACCCAAAACAACCAAACCGCUCGUCGCAUCUAAAAGUACAGGGGAGGCAUCCAUAGGGACCAGGGGCCCCUUGGGGAACUGUGGCCCCUCGGGAAUCAUUGGUUUCGCAGAGACCCUGAGGAUCAAAGGGGCUCCCAAUAUCGAUGGAACCAUGAGUACUUCGGAGAGCUGCGGUACCUCAGACACAUGGGGGACUGUGGGGGCCUUUAGCACCUUAGAGAACUCGGGGGUCCGUGGUGGUACUUCCAGCCACACGGGGGGAGCCCAAACUGGAGCAACAGACCCCCGUUGUGCUGGGAUCAUCGGGACAAGACUUCAUAAGGAUGACGAGAAACUCUUUCAAAUGAGGAUGAUGAGGUCACUGCUGGCUGAAGAGGAAGAGGAGAAAGAGAGGGUGGAAGAGAGAGGGAGGAAAUCGGCCGCGAUGAUGAUGAUGAUGUCGUCCACCUCAAGGAAAAGAGACAAAGCAAAGAAGAGGAGGAAGAGAAGGCCGGGCAGGCAACUGCUGAUGAUGUCAUCGAAAAAGGAGCCCUCUCCCUCUUCGUCGUCGUCGUCGUCGUCGUCGUCAUCUUCAUCCUCAUCUGGAGAUGAACGAGACGGGGGGAAGGAGAGGACGAGGCAAACGAGCGAGAGGGUGAGGGUGACGUGCGAUCGAGACACCAGCGACUCCGAAAGCUCCUGCUCUCUGAUUGGUCAGAGCAAGUUCUCCCUCAGCAGAGCGCUGUCCACGGAGAGCCUGGGGGGGGGGCUGUCACUUCCAGACCUCCUGAUACAGGAGGAGGAGAGGAGCAGUGAGGGAGCAGAGAGGAAAAGGGAGGAGGUGAAGGAGGCUGGAGGACCCCCAGAUGCUGACGUGUUCGUCGGUGUUUCGGCGGACCAGAUGUGCGUCUCCAGUCGACCUCGAACCACAGAGGACCUGUUUGCUGUCAUCCACAGGUCAAAGAGGAAGAUGCUAGGAAGAAGGGAUUCAGAAGACGAGAGACGCCGUAUCUCGUCUUCGUCGUCCUCCUCGUCCUCCCCUUCAGUCUCCCCCACCGACCCCUCGCCCCGUCUGCAGCGGCCCGGAGCCUUCAGAAGUCAAAGAUCAGCGAGAAGUGAAAGCUUUAAGGCUCUCCUGCUCAGGAAGGGAACUCGGGCUGAUUCGUCUUCUCGAAUCUCUGCUGUCGAGCGGCUCCGCGUCACUGCGUCUCCUACGACCGCCGCCGACCUCCGGAGUGUGCUGCCACCGCCACCAGUCCAGCCCGAAGUCAACCCCGCAGGCUUGUCCCAAACCUCGGAUACAUGUGAUUUGAAUGUCCACCGCGCUCUGGAUGCACCAGCGUCUCUCUGCGGUCAGAACUUCUCCAUGAUGUUCGGAUGGAGGCGACGGGAUCUGAUGCCUCAUCACCCCCUCCUCACCUCCUCCUCCUCUCCCUUCUUCUUCCUCUCCUCAUCCUCCUUGCGGCCUCGCUCGCUCACGCCUCCCUGCUCCUCCAGCCGACGCUUUGCCGCUCGCUGCCGCCUCUACGCCGCCCCCAUGACCGCCAUCUUUGAAGGAGAAAGCGAGGAGGAGGAAGACGACGGGGUUUUCAGCGAGUCUCCGGGAAUCGAAGGAGGACCGAGUCAGAGGCUGGUCGAGACUUCCUGAUGGACAGGCCAAGUUUAAAGACGCCGCUCGGGUUCAGCAGGAAGUAAACGGAAUGUGACGACGCCAUUUGUUCACGGACACGUCGCACCUGAAGCGUUUAAUCGAAUGUACUGAAGCACACUCUCUGUUAAAGGACGCGUCUCUCGUAGCAACAAUGACGUGAAGCCUGAAAAACACGUGUGAUCUCCAAGAAAACAAACUUGUUGCGACGACACAAUAAUUUGCUGGUGAUCGGAAAAGUAACACCUGCAGUUAAUGUACUUUCAUUUAAACUGCCGUAAUUAUGUUCUUAUGUUCUAAUUUUGUCUUUUGCUUGAUUUAGCGUUGUCUUUUUUCACUAUUUGCAAGGACAUAAAUUAAAUUUUUGUUUGACUUGUUAUAUUGUCUCACACUAGUAAGAGGCGUCUAAAUUCAAAACCAUCCAUGUUCUCUCUGACACAACACAACUUUUAACAGAAGAGGAUGUGGAAUUAUUUUGAUUUGAUUUAAUUUGAGAUAUAAAAAAGUGGUUUUCUUGAGAUCACAGAGUAAAUGUUACAGUAAUUAUAAUAGUAUGAUGAUAAUAAUAACAAUAAUAAUAUUUAAGCAGCCAUAUUACAAGUUUUACUACACACCACAUUGUAAUGACUGACAGGGUGCAGCAUCCAAAUCCAUACAAUUCUAUCAUUGAAAAUCAAGAUCAAAGAUUGUAAUGACAUUAAGCAAUCAGCACUAUUUAAGUUUGUAAAUCUCAUUUAACAAUAAAUAUCUAACAGGAGAAGCAUAAAGCAUUAAAGAUGCUGAACACUGAUUUAAUAUUUUAACUUUGAAUGGGAAUUAAAUGCAUUAGAAGUGAAAUUAGCAUCUCAUUUGUUCUCACCAGCUACAUAGACCAACACUAUAAUUAAUAAGGGAUGUACUUUGUCCUGUACUGUAAAUAAUCCUUUGUUUAUGUUGCUGCUUCUCCAUCUAAACGAGUCACCGAGCCUCAAGUCUUUUUUUUUUUUUAACAAGUUAGCAGGUAGUGAGACGACAUAACGGUCAAAGACGAUGUACAUUUUUAAGGUUCAGACUUUAGGAACUUAAUUAUCUUUCCUGUGCGAAUGUUAUUAACUAUAAAACUAAUACAGUGUAACUGGAAUUAUCAGACGAGCGUGAGAAACUGAACGAAAAGCUCUUUUGUACGUCAGAGAAAAAUGAGAGAUGGAAAUCAAGAAGCAGGAAAAUGGAAACUUUUAAAUGUAAAUAGACAAAACUGUACACAUAAGAUUGAGAAAUGGAAGCAAUAAAGGAAAAACAAUAAUUUCUGAAACUGA